AUGAGCGUAGAUCCUCGAGGCCGUUAUGUAUUUUUUAAAGAUAGACCAGAAUGGUCAGAUGUCACCCCUGUUCCUCAAGAUGAAUUUGGACGAAAUAUAGUCAAGAUUGCCUAUUCUCCACAAUAUCUGGAUGCCAAUGAUUAUUUACGCGCUGUUCUGCUUAAAGAUGAACGAAGUGAGAGAGCUUUGUCUGUUACGACUGCCNCGACUGCCGUUCUUUUACUUAACCCUACGAAUUACACCGUUUGGGAGUAUAGACGGCGAAUCUUAGAGACCCUUGGGUCCGACCUUGAUGCAGAACUGAAGUUUGUUAGUGAGCUUAUUGAUGACCACUCGAAAAAUUAUCAGGUUUGGCACCACCGCCAAUGGGUUGAAACUGAUCCUCAGCAGUGGGGUUUCGGCGAACUCGAUUUUACGGACAGAGUGAUCUCAGAUGAUUCGAAGAAUUAUCAUGCCUGGCAGCAUCGUCGAUGGGCAGUGACACAUUUCAAAAUGCCCGCGGACGGAGAGCUGAGAUACACCGAAACGCUUAUACAAGAAGAUAUGUACAAUAAUUCCGCAUGGAGUCACCGGUUUGUGGUUGUUACACAAGAUGAGGGACUCACACCAACUGUCCUUGAACGUGUAAGUUUUUCAACAUUCAUACAGAAAAGGUCCAAAGUAGGAUCGAACAGAAAAUUUAGGAUUUCAUCAGAAAUCGACGAUGCACGAACGCCACUGUUUACGACACCCAGCCAUAUCGCUCAGUGUCUCUAA